AUGGUCCCUUCAACCAAACAGAUAUACAACGACCAGGGCUUCGUCAUUGUGCGCGACCUCAUCCCCGUAGACUCUCGUAAGUCUCUCGAAGAGGCUGCUGACCGCGCGAUUGCACGAACGCGCUCGGGCAGUUGGAAGCUGAGGCGUACGGUAGGACGCCAGUUUCCCCCGUAUGGCGACGAUGACCCGGACUCGUGGGGCGUGCAACACGUCAUGCACCCCGAGCUGCGCGAGCCUGCCUUCGCGCAGUGGUACACGUCCGACCCCCUCGUGAACGUCGUGAAAGAGCUCCUCGGAUGUCAGGAGGACGAGCUGCAGAUGGAGCUGUUCAACAUGCUGAUCAAUCCCGAGUCGCAUGCGUUUGCCUUGCGCUGGCACCGCGAUGAUGUGCGUGAGAGCGCCGCCGACGAUGAAGAGCGGACCGCCCUGGGCAUCUGGCAUCAUGGCGUGCAAUGGAACACGGCCCUCUAUACGGAUUCGUGUCUCUAUGUUGUGCCCGGGUCUCACAAGGUCCCCCGCACUCCGGCGCAGCGCGCACACUCGUCCACGCUUGACCCUCCUACGAACCCCAUGCACAUGCCCGGGGCGAUCCAGGUGACCCUGCAACCCGGAGAGACGGUCUUUUACAACAACAACAUCCUGCACUGCGCGACGUACGACCCAAAGCAGCGUCGCGCGACUCUUCAUGCGUCUAUGGGCGAUACACGUGGCGGAGCGACUCGUGCUCGGAAUGUCCUGCAGCACGGGCUGAUGUGGAUGAAGGAGGCACGCUUCCGCGAGAGUCUGAAUGAGCGCGGCAAAGUGAUGCUAGACCGACUCAUCACGCUGCAGGAGAGCAUCGAGGGAGAUGUGGGCUACUCUCUCGCCAACUGA